GUUUAAAAACGUCAGUACGACGACGCUAUCCGGUCUUUUUGUACAUCUAGACCAAAUGAACGUGCUCUUGCUUACUUCUUGUAGCUCUUCAUGUCUUAAGUGUACAGACCAUUCAGUUUUUAAAUUUAAAUUCAAUUUAUCUGAUAAUGACCACGAGAAUGAGAUUCAAUAAUGGAGAUGUAAUUAAAAAUGGGAUUUCGCAUAAAGAAAUAAAUGGUAAAAUUGAUUAUAAACAUCAGAAUGGAUUUAUCAAGAUGCAGAAUGGAGUGGAAAAAAAAAUACAAAAGAGCAAGAGUAUGAAAAAAGAAUCAUUCGAACAGGAGACAUUGUUCACAUCAGCACUAACACAUUUAGGAUUUUACAUACUUAUGUUACUGGGAUUUAUCAAUCAGCUAUUAUUUGCUCCAAAGGUGGCACGAGAACAAAACAGAAAGGGAUAUGCGGCGUUGUAUGAAAACUUCGAGACCUUUUAUUUACGUUAUGUGUAUCGACGAGUACGUGAUUGUUGGAAUCGACCUAUUUGCUCAGUGCCUGGUGCUAUGGUCACUCUAAAAGAUCGUAUUACACGUGACUAUUGCUGGACAUUUGAUUUCACUGGUACGGAGACGGAAUGCAUCAACUUGGGGUCUUAUAACUACCUUGGAUUUGCUGAAUCGACUGGAAAUUGUGCUGAGCAAAGUAUUGAAACUCUUAAGAAAGAUGGUUGUGCUAGUGGUAGUACACGUCUUGAAUUAGGAACUAUGCCAAUUCAUAAUGAGUUGGAACAAUUAACCGCACGGUUUCUUAAAGUUGAAGAUGCAAUAGUAUUUGGUAUGGGUUUUGCAACAAAUGCAUUGAAUAUUCCAUCACUGAUAACUCCAGGUUGUUUGAUAUUGAGCGAUGAAAAAAAUCAUGCCUCAUUGAUCCUAGGAUUGAGAUUAUCGGGCGCGGUUACGAGAGUUUUUCAUCACAAUGAUACUAAGCACUUGGAAAGGAAAUUAAAAGAGGCUGUAGCGUAUGGGCAGCCAAAAAGUGGAGAGCAAUGGAAAAAAAUAUUCAUCGUCGUCGAGGGUAUUUAUUCAAUGGAGGGUUCGAUAGUUCAUUUACCAGAAAUAGUAGCUUUGAAAAAAAAAUAUAAAGCGUAUUUGUAUCUUGACGAGGCGCACAGUAUCGGUGCUACGGGUAAAAGUGGCCGGGGUAUUUGUGAUUAUUAUGGAGUUGAUCCUAAAGAAGUUGAUAUACAUAUGGGAACAUUCACUAAGAGUUUUGGAUCCGCUGGUGGUUAUAUUGCUGGAUCAAAGGCAUUGAUAAAUCAUUUGAGAAUACACAGUCACGCUCAUGCUUAUGCUGCAUCAAUGUCACCACCGAUAGCACAACAAAUAAUUACCUCAAUGAGAACGAUAAUGGGUGAAGAGGGUGAAAAUGAUGGUAAAUUGCGUAUUGAACAGUUGGCCAGAAAUACGCGAUACUUUAGACGUAGACUCAAUCAAAUUGGUGUUAUUAUUUUUGGUCAUGAUGAUUCACCAGUGGUACCUAUGCUUGUUUAUUUAUACUCUAAAAUAGGAGUUGUAGUGCGUAAUUUAACGACGCGUAAUAUUGCGACUGUGGGUGUUGGUUUUCCGGCGACACCUCUGAUGGCUGGUAGAAUACGUUUUUGUUUGUCAGCGGCACACACUAAAGAACAACUUGAUUAUGUAUUGAAAAAUAUUGAAGAAAUGGCUGAUCUUAUUGGACUCAGAUACUCAAGGAAACCUAGAAAUCCUAAUCCGAUAGAAUAUUAUACUGACAGUGAGACAGAAUAAAUAAUUUUUUAUCUUUAUUCAUACUGACGAUAAUUCAAAUUUUUUUAUUUUUAAUUAGAGAUGAAUUUAUAUGUAUGUAUAUCGCGUUACUAAUUCCAAAAGGAUAUUUUAUACGUCCUCUGGGCUUUAGAGAGUUUCUUAAAGGCAAAAGGGCUUGUAAUUUUUUUUUUAUUGCUUAUGAUAUUGUAGACUCAUUCUGAAGCUGAAAAUUGUAAAAAAAAAAAAAAAUUGAAAGCUAAAUGGGGGUAUAAUUUAAACUUUAGGGGAGAGGUAACUUUGGCCACUUUAGGACCAGUUUUGGACACUUGGAAAUUUAAUUUAAUUAAUUUGUAAAAGACGCAAUAGCAUAAUUAAUUUUAAAAAAUGUUUAGUGGUGAUCUUUAAAAAUUAAAUUUUCUCAGGCACACCAAAAAAGCUUCUUUUUAGU